AUGGCGCAAGCAACGAACGUACGAGACGAUGGCCUACCUAGGUUCGAAGAAUCAAAGGAAACUUCCUACACUAGCUCUGUGGAAGUGGCUUCGUCAAUAGACGACGGCCAGGCUGACAGGCCGAGUAAGAACCUAGCUGGAUGGAAAUUAGCUCUGGUAGUCCUUGGGCUCUGCUUGGCCAUCUUCUGCAUGGCACUGGACAACACUAUUAUCGCGACCGCAAUUCCCCGAAUCACCGACGACUUCCGCGCACUGGACGACUUGGGCAGUUUCCAGCUGCUCUUCGGCAAGCUUUACUCGAUCUAUCCUGUCAAAUGGGUCUUCUUGGCCGCCAUCGGCUUCUUCGAGAUCGGUUCUUUAGUUUGUGGUGUGGCACCAGCAUCUACCACGCUUAUCAUCGGUCGAGCGAUUGCAGGCCUGGGCUCUGCUGGUAUAUUCUCUGGAGCUAUCCUUAUGAUUGUUCUUAGUGUCCCUAUGCAACAGCGACCUACAUAUAUUGGUAUACUCGCAGGUAUGUAUGGCAUAUCUAGCGUUGCUGGUCCGCUUAUUCGCGGUGCUUUCACGGAUAGGCUUACUUGGCGAUGGUGCUUCUAUAUCAACCUCCCAUUCGGUGCUAUUACGGUCCUCUUUGUUGUCCUGUUCUUCAAGCCUCCCCAAGCUGGGAUGAGCUCGACAAAGAAGACCCUUUCAUGGAAGCAGCAUGCCGCUCAGUUCGAUCUGGAAGGGACAGUCUGUUUUCUGCCUGCGAUCAUCUCAUUACUACUGGCGUUACAAUGGGGCGGAUCUCGAUAUGACUGGUCCAACGGCCGUGUUAUUGGACUCUUCGUUACUUUUGGUGUCCUUAUUAUUAUGUUUGUUGGAGUCCAAUUCUGGAAAAAGGACAGGGCCACCGUGCCUCCAAGAGUUUUCUCUGAUAGAUUAGUAUGGAGCUGUGCCGCCUUUGCUGUUUUCUUCGGUGCUUUAUUCUUUCCCCUCGUCUACUACGGCGCAAAUGCUGUGAGGUCCGGCAUUAUGAACCUACCUAUGAUUAUUGGUCUAGUUGUCAUGUCAAUCCUAGCUGGACUAGCAGUCAGCGCCUUUGGAUACUAUACCCCAUUUAUAUAUACAGCUUCCGUCCUGAUGAGCAUUGGCGCUGGCCUCUUGACAACCUUCCACACAAACACCAAGUCGCCCUCAUGGAUCGGCUACCAAGCACUGUACGGCCUUGGCGCCGGUCUCGGAAUGCAGCUGCCUCUCGUUGCAGUGCAAACUGCCCUGCCUGAGCCCGAUAUCCCCAAUGUCUUCACUAACCGCCUUGGCGUGGAACUCGAGGCUGCGGGCGUUGACCCUGCUAUUGCGUCAGGGGUGGGGGCUACCGAGUUGCGAGACAAAGUGCCGCUGGAGAGCUUGGGCCUGGUCCUGGUCGCUUAUAGUAAAGCGCUUAUGGGUACUUGGUACGUCUCGGUUGCGAUGGCUGUGCUCUCGCUCGUGGCUGCUGUGGCUAUUCUAUGGAAAUCGGUCAAGGCGAAGAAGGUGAAUGUGUCCAAUGCAUAA